UAAUCGCCGCCCAGAAGGAAGGAGGGCGGCUGUGCGAGAAGCUGCUAUGGUGCUUAGUUCCCCGGCAGAGCCGACCGAGACGCGGCGGUCGCGGCCAUGAAGAUCUGUCUUCCUAUGGGGUGGUGGCAUUGUGGUCAACUAGACGACAAGCAACUGUUGGUCUGCUGUGCUGGUGACUGGCCUGUUAACAAGACCAAUAGGCGACAGAGCUAAAGUCAUGCUUUCAAAUUGGUGCGGGUGCCACGUCUAUGUGGGCUUCAUGCUGUGGGCUGCUGAAUGAAGUCAUGGGAACUGGAGCUGUCCGGGGCCAGCAGUCAGGAUUUGCAGGAGGCACUGGUCCAUUCAGAUUUGCACCAAACUCUGAUUUUUCCACUUACCCACCAGCACCUACGGAAGGGCCUAAUAUAGUUUGCAAAGCCUGUGGACUUUCGUUUUCAGUCUUUAGAAAGAAGCAUGUGUGCUGUGACUGCAAGAAGGAUUUUUGCUCCGUCUGUUCAGUCUUACAAGACAAUCUCCGUAGAUGUUCCACUUGUCACUUACUACAAGAGACGGCCUUUCAGCGCCCACAGUUAAUGCGACUAAAAGUCAAGGAUCUCCGGCAGUAUCUCAUUCUUCGAAACAUCCCCAUUGACACCUGUCGAGAGAAGGAAGACUUGGUAGAUCUCGUACUCUGCCACCGCGGGCUGGGCUCUGAGGACGACUUGGACACGAGCAGUCUGAAUUCCUCACAGUCCCAGACUUCUAGCUUUUUCACACAUUCAUUUUUUUCAAACUACACAGCCCCUUCUGCUACUGUGUCUUCGUUUCAGGGAGAGCUUAUGGGUGGAGACCGGACCUUGGCAUCUGGAGCGCUGGCACAGGUACAAAGUGAAAUAGCUUCAGCAAACACAGAAGAAGAAGAAGAAGAAGAAGAUGAUGAUGAUGAGGAUGAUGAAGAUGACGAAGAUGAUGAGGAUGAUGACGAUGAAGAAAACUUGGAGGAGCGGAUGCCCGGCCUCUCCAAGAAGCGAGUGAGAGCUUCGCUCUCUGACCUGUCGAGCCUUGACGAGGUGGAAGGGAUGAGCGUGCGGCAGCUGAAGGAGAUCCUGGCUCGGAAUUUUGUCAACUAUUCUGGCUGUUGUGAGAAAUGGGAGCUGGUAGAGAAAGUAAACCGGUUAUACAAAGAGAAUGAAGAAAACCAAAAGUCAUAUGGUGAGCGGCUGCAGCUGCAGGAUGAGGAAGAUGACAGCCUGUGCCGUAUCUGCAUGGACGCCGUCAUCGACUGUGUCCUGCUCGAGUGUGGGCACAUGGUCACCUGCACCAAGUGCGGCAAGCGCAUGAGCGAGUGUCCCAUCUGCCGGCAGUACGUGGUGCGCGCCGUGCAUGUGUUCAAGUCCUGAAGCCUAGGUUCUUCCCGACAGGACGCUCGCCCCACGCUUGAUCCCAGACAUUUCAAUGCACAGAAGGGACUGGAAACUUACUGUUCAGAGGCUGAGACUAUUUUUAAAGAUUAUUUUCACUACUAGGGACAGAAAGAUUCGAUCCUAAGUUGUGGCAACAUUGGUCCAUGCCAUGCACCUAUCAGCCUGUGGACAAGCCGUUUCCCAGGUUUUGCUGGGUUUCAUCCCAUGUCCAUGAUCACUAAUUGCUGACGAAGUCAGACUGCUUACAGCGUCAGCUACUGCUCCCUUUGGAGAACACUUAUCCUGUUCUCUUAUUUCUCCUUCAUCCUAUUUUUAACUUAAACUACUCAGAUGUUUGAAACUUCUGUUCUUUGGAUGAGAUCACUGUCCACAAGUGGCCAACACGGUACACGCUGAGCAGUGGCCUCUCUAAUGUUCACUUUAUUAGUCAUGUAUAUUUUAAAUGCUACUAUUUGAUGAAUGUAAGUUUCCACAUUGUUGCUAUUUCUGCGUUUAAACGUAAUUGGGAACAAAGGACAUUCUAUAGUCAACUGCCAGGGCCUUAGAUUCAACAUGUCCAUUUCUGUUCAGGUACAGCUUUUUAGAGUAAGGGCUGCCUCUAGCUUCGUUCAUUAGAGAAGUGUGUGUGUUAAAAUCUUUAUUCACGUGUAAUCAGUUUACACUGUUUUGUAUAGUGAAAGUGUAUUUUCAGUGCUACUGCUAGCUAAUUUGAACUUUAGGAAUAAAAUUAGAUUUUAAAAAAUGCUUUUGCUUACAUUGUCCUAGCCAGUUUCUAAUUCACUUGGGUACAGCAUGAAUGGGUGUCUGCGCCUGGUGUAGUACCUUUCUUCACAUGGGGACAGGAGCACCUUCAAAGCCUUGCAGUGAUCUACCUUUGCUGCUGACUCCCCAGUAAGGUUAACUACAGAUUUGCUGUUGACUAUGACCAGGUAUUGUGCCGAGUGCUUUCUAGUGUUCUCUAGCAUUCUGAAAUAGAUGUUGCCUUGCUUUGCAAAUGGAGAAACUGAGAAGUUAAAGAACUUGUUUAAGAUCUUAAAAAGUAGCCAGGAUGCCUGGCUGGCUCAGUUAGAAGAGCAUGGGACUCUAGAUCUUGGGGUCAUGAGUUCAAGCUCCAUGUUGGGAGUAGAGCUUACUUAAAAAGUGGGUGAAUUAUUUGGGAUGUGAAUGUCUCUUAAUAGAGCGGUUACCAAAAAAGUGAUAAUAAAAUAUUUGAUACUUGA